GGGAGUGGAGGGGGGAAAGGGUUAAGGGUUGAUCCUCUGUUUCUUUUCGACAACAAACAGGGUUGAAUAACACAUAGUUUUGUAUCGUUUAUGCUUCACCCGUUUGUAAAGAAACUGUUUCAUGAGGCCAUGCACUUCAGCAAAAAGGAUUUUCUCUAGUUUACAUCAUUGACUCCCUGGAGCGGCCGAGUAGAGAACCAAAAUGUCAUCCAAAAGGAAACCGGAUUCCCAAGUGCCGGCAGAAGAAAGUGAUCUUCUUCAAGUCCGACCACUAGGAGCCGGUCAGGAAGUCGGACGAUCAUGCAUAAUGAUAGAAUUCAAAGGAAAGAAAAUAAUGCUCGAUUGCGGAAUACACCCAGGUUUAUCUGGAAUUGAUGCCCUACCAUUUGUCGACUUGAUUGAAGCAGAUGAAAUUGAUCUUCUUUUAAUCUCUCACUUCCACUUGGAUCAUUGUGGUGCCUUGCCUUGGUUUCUCCAGAAAACAAGUUUCAAAGGUCGAUGUUUCAUGACACAUGCUACCAAGGCCAUCUAUCGCUGGCUGCUUUCUGAUUACAUUAAAGUCAGCAAUAUUGCUACUGAGCAGAUGUUGUACACUGAGGCUGAUUUAGAAGCAAGCAUGGACAAAAUUGAGGUCCUUAACUUCCAUGAAGAAAAGGAUGUUCUUGGUAUCAAGUUCUGGGCCUAUAAUGCUGGUCAUGUCUUAGGUGCUGCUAUGUUCAUGAUUGAAAUCGCUGGUGUCAAAAUUUUGUACACUGGUGAUUUUUCACGUCAAGAAGACAGACAUUUGAUGGCAGCUGAAAUUCCAAAUGUCCAUCCUGAUGUUCUUAUCACAGAAUCAACUUAUGGAACACACAUCCAUGAGAAGCGAGAAGACCGUGAAGGAAGGUUCACAUCUCUUGUACAUGAUAUUGUCAACAGAGGUGGUCGAUGUCUCAUACCAGUGUUUGCUCUUGGGAGAGCACAAGAGUUAUUACUAAUCUUAGAUGAGUACUGGAGCCUACAUCCAGAACUUCAUGAUAUACCUAUUUAUUAUGCAUCUUCUUUGGCCAAGAAAUGUAUGGCAGUAUAUCAGACAUACAUCAAUGCCAUGAAUGACAAAAUCCGUAGACAAAUAGCUAUUAGUAAUCCAUUUGUAUUUCAACAUAUAUCUAAUUUAAAGGGUAUUGAUCAUUUUGAGGAUAUUGGUCCCUGUGUGGUUAUGGCCUCGCCUGGUAUGAUGCAAAGUGGAUUGUCUCGUGAACUCUUUGAGUCAUGGUGCACAGACACCAAAAAUGGUGUCAUCAUAGCAGGUUAUUGUGUUGAGGGAACACUAGCUAAAACUAUUUUGUCAGAACCUGAGGAAAUUGUCACAAUGACAGGUCAAAAGCUACCUUUGAAAAUGUCAGUGGAUUACAUUUCAUUCUCAGCUCAUACUGACUAUCAACAGACAAGUGAAUUUAUCCGAGCACUCAAGCCACCUCAUGUAGUCUUAGUUCAUGGUGAACAAAAUGAAAUGAGCCGUCUGAAAGCUGCUCUGCAAAGAGAGUAUGAGGAUGAUCCAACAACAAAAAUGGAAAUCCACAACCCGAGAAAUACUGUAGCUGUUGAGUUGUAUUUCAGAGGAGAAAAAACAGCCAAGGUCAUGGGCUCUCUAGCUGUUGAGAAACCAAAGCCUGGCAAUAAGCUCUCAGGAGUUUUAGUCAAACGCAAUUUUAAUUACCACAUGUUAUCACCUGCUGAUGUGCCAAAGUACACAGAUAUGAGAAUGAGUUCAGUCACCCAGAGACAGUCUAUUCACUACUCAGGGUCUGUUCCUCUACUAAAACAUCUGCUGGCACAAAUAUCAGGAACUGUUGAACCAAUCGACGAACACAAGAUUCGUGUCUUUAACAGUAUUGAUAUCAAUAUAGAAAACAAAAUUGUUACAAUGGAGUGGUCUGCUACUCCAGUAAAUGAUAUGUAUGCUGACUCUGUCCUAACUGCAAUACUCCAGGCUGAAAAUUUGGAUUCGUCUCAGAAAAUUCAUCCUGCAGCCACAAAGUUGGAUCGCAUGCACUUCAAAGAAUGUCUCAUUGAGAUGCUGCAGGAUAUGUUUGGUGAAGAUUCCGUUCCCAAAAUUUUCAAAGGAGAAAAGCUCUAUGUCAGUGUGGAUGGAAAGAAGGCCAACAUUGAUCUAUUAAAUUUGGAAGUAUCCUGUGAAGAAGAUGAAACAUUCCAGCAGAUAAUUCAAACCGCAGUCACCAAGCUUCAUCAAUCUCUAGCGCCUGCACAUAUUUAAAAAUUGAAAGACAAAAAUGAAAUAGAAAUCAUGUACAGUACCAUGAACUUUCAAUAAAACUUGCCACCACACACUA